AUGGCGCAAGCACUGAAGAAAAAGGGAAACGAAUUCUUCAAGGAGGGUGACUAUAUCAGCGCCGAGGACUACUACUCCCAAGCAAUCGCCAAGGACCCACACGAUGCGACCUUCUUCACGAACCGCGCCGUGACCCGCAUUAAGCUCGAGAAAUGGGAAGAUGUCGAGCACGAUGCGCGCGCCGCAAUUAACAUCUACGGCAAGAAAGAUCCCGCCUCGCUCAAGAGCAGCGUCUAUCUCGCCGAGGCGCUGCUUGCCUUGAACCGGCCUCAAGAAGCAUACGACCUUACCCUCACCGCAUACCAGUUCAGUCUUGAGGCGAAGCACGUUCAGACCGAGAAGCUGUCCGGGAUGCUUCUACGCGCUAAGAAGGCGUUGUGGGAAGCACGGGAGACGGCGCGUCUGCAUGAGAUGGACGAGACGUUGAAGAGCUUGGAGGAGCUGAUUAAUGCGGAUAUGGCGCGUUCGGAGGCGGAGCUGAAGAGUCAGCUGGAGAAGAUGGAGAUUGGCGAGGUGGGAUAUCGGGAGGACUUGAGUGCGCUGCAGGAUGAUGCGCGUACGAAGAUUUCUCAUAUUCGAGAAGCUUUCAAGAUCUCGUCCAAGGGAGAUAUUCAAGAGCGCGUUGUGCCCGACUAUCUGAUCGAUGGCAUCACUUUCGAGGUCAUGCAUGAUCCUGUCAUGACUCCUUCUGGCACCAGCUUCAACCGCGGCGGUAUUGAGAAGUACGUAGCAAAGGCGGGCAUAGAUCCGAUCACUCGCGAACCGAUGACCAUCAAGGACCUGCGGCCGAACUAUGCACUCAAGGCGGCAUGCGAAGAAUUCUUGACUAAGAAUGGCUGGGCCGUGGAUUGGUGA